GUCAGCUGGUGCCGCCCUCCCUCCUUCCCUCCAUCCCCGCGCACUCUGCCGCUCCUCCUGCUGCUGCUGCACCUCCAGGACCGACGGAUACCCGGUGAACAGUGGCGGUGAGUAAAGGGACUCACCUGGAGCGGACAGCAGGUCAUGCGUACGCACUCGAUGGAUAUGGAUAAUCGAUAAUUGGAGCUAAAAUGCGCCGGGCUCUCCGUCCUUGCCAUUCCGGACUGUGCAGGUGUAAAAGGUAAUAAGGUUGAGUUCCAGGGGAGGCACACGGGCACGCUUUAUCUACGGAUCUGAACAUACAUGUUUCAUGUUCAGCCAUGACAUCUCCCACUGCAUUGGCAUGGACGAGUCCUCGUGGCGCACGCCUAUAGUUUCAGUCAACGGAUCCUUUCCCCUCUGUGGAGGUCUGUCCGGUUCAGCUGGUUUGGAGGUUGGUGGUGGCAGUUUGAUCAAGUAAGUACGAGAAAAACAGAGUGACACCGCUCAGUGUGAGACUGAGCCCAAUGCAUAAGUUCCCUGCAGAUAAUUUAUCAUAGUUAGGAUAGUCUCCAUGUAACACAGCAGCAGCAUUUUAAUGAGAGAUCUGUGUUCACUGGUGAGCUGCAGGCGCUGGAGCUCGGCAUGUCCUCCUCGGUGGUUGUAUCCGGAGGGAGGGAGCUGAGUCUGGGAGAGCUGCCCAUGGAGAGCUGGAUGUCUCAUCUGCCCUGUGCUCUGUGGGACAUCCCGCUAUACCACCUGGCCAUCCCAGGUAGGCUGUCUGCCAUAUUACGGCACACUGUAUAUCAUUACAUUACUAAAAUGUAUGAACAGAAUAACCUGGAUUACUGAGUGGUUUUAAACAUUAUGACACCAUGCAUGGUGUUGAUUUAGGCAGCCAUAGCAGCAUAAAUAUGCAAAACUACACAAGCAAACAGACAAAAGCACAAAAAGGACAAAACAACAACAUCAACAACAAAUAUCUGUUAGCAGUUGCAACCACAACCUAACUAAUUACAGACCACACAACCAAAAAACAGGUAACACAACAAUCAAACAAUGCACCCUAAUCCAUGCAACACAGUGCAUUACAGAAAACAUGACAAAUUGACCAAACUAUGGAGCCAAAUACAGACAAUCCAAUCAAUUUCAGACAACAAAACAAAUUAGUAUCAAACACAGCCCAUUUACAGAACAACAGUCAAUUACACACAACUGUAUACAGGCAAAGCAGCAAACUGCACUCAGCACAGCUAAACAUGAGGAAAACAGACAACACAAUCAUUAACAGACAGUUCAAGUGAUCACAGACAACAUAAGACAACACAACAGACUAAAGACAUAUUUAAGUCAUAAAUAUAAACUCUGAAUAUAUUGCAGAAAGUGCUACACAUGAAAUUAAGGAAGAUAAAAGUUAAGAAAACCAACACAACCAAAUGUAUUCAAAGCAUCCUAGUGCAGACCAUGCAACCAAAAUCAGGACAAUGCAAACAAUCGCAGACAACACAGCCAAUUCAUUCAAAUACAGGCAACCAAUGAACUGCACACUGCACAGGACAUUGCAGGCAGUGGAGCCAAAUACAAAUUAUGCAGUCAAAAGCAGACAUCAAAACCAAGACAGAGGAUGCAACCAUAAACGAAACAUCUAUAGAUAAGAAAAGAUAAGACAACUGGAGACAAACCAAGUCUAUUCAAUAACAUACAUACAAUGUUUCCAAACUUAGGCAACACCAUCUUUCUCAAUUUCUUUGGUUUGGUUGCACUGCAAGAGCUACAGCAUAAAAUAGUCUUAUCUCUUUAUGAUUAUUUAAGUUCAUUAUCUUUUCGUUAUCAGGCAGCCACAAUGCCAUAACCUACUGUCUGGAUAUGAAUGACCGAUCCCCUGUUGACCUUACUCAGCCAGACAUGCUCCAAAAGCUGGACAAAUACAUGAAGCCUCUAAUUCGCCCCUUUGUGUACAAGUGGGCCAUAACGCAGGUAAACAAUUAUAGAAAAAUACUGUAUUUUAAAUCUGAGAGUAUGAGGGGCAUUUAUGGCAUGCAAAUGACAAAUUGUGUCUUCUGUGUUUCAGGAGUUUACUAUAAAGCAGCAGCUGGACUGUGGGAUCAGAUACUGUGAUCUGAGGAUAGCUCACAGGCCGAAUGAUAGCUCCACUGAUCUGUACUUCUACCACGGUGUUUACACCACACUCACUGUGGAGGUAAAGUGAAAGCUCACUUUACUGUGAAUUUUAUAUGCCCCUUAAAAGCUAUUUGCAUCCACAACAAUAAUCGUAAAAUCAACUCUAAAGAAAAACAGAAAGCAUAUGCUCACAUUAUUUUCCCUGCAGCUCAGUGCCUAAGUUUUUAUCUGCUCUCUUUUGUCCUCUCUAUUGUUCAGUUUAACUUCUGGCACAACAAUUUGUCAUAUUUAAUGAACAGUAUUGUAUCAUACUGUGAUGUAUGAUACUGUACUUUGUUGUGUUAUAUUUUACAGUAAAGCAGUGUGUUGUAUCACGCCAUACAACACCAUAAUAUACAAUACCAUAUCAUCUUGUUCAAUAUUCCAAUGUAUUGUGACAAUUUGUAUCUUUUAUUGUCACAGAGAUUCACAUUUUAUCUUCUCGUAACGCAUGCCAACAUAUUGUAGCACUUCAUACCAUAUCAUGCAGAAUCUUGUCAUUUCAUAUUUUAACAUAUCACACUGUAUCAUACUUAUUAGUAUCAUACUAUUUUAUAUUGCAGUGGAGUAUCAUGUUGUAUGGUAACACAUUGUGCAGUACUGUUUUAUACUGUGUAUCUUGUAUUACCUCCUGUCAUCCCACAUCUAUCAUUAGCUCUAUCAAGUAUCACGUAACACCAUAUCAUAUAUAUCUUAUCGUAUUUUAUCAUGUAAUACUGUAUCCCAUAUUAUUAUACCAUACACCGUAUUGUAUCGUCAUAUAACAUUUAAUAUAAAAUUGUAUCACAACACAGUGCAGCAUUAUGUGAUGCAUCAUAUCUAUAACAUAAUGUAAUGAAUCGUAUCAAAGCAACCAAGUGCCAUGUCAAGUAUUGUAAUGUCAUGUGAUAUAAAGUAAGGUAACAAAAGACUACAUAAUGAAUACUAAUGUAACGAAGGGUAGGACAACAUGGCGUAACCUAACAUAAUCUAACUUUACUUUAUGUGAAGUAUCCUAAUGUGAUGUAAUAUAACUUCUUGUAACAACAAUCAUUGUGACUUUAUCGUAAUGUAACUUAUCAUAACAUAACCACUUAUAAGAUAACUGAUCAUUAUGUAACUUAUCAUGAUUUAACUUGUUGUAUUGUAACUUGUGGUACCGAACAUGAAACGGAACAUAACAGGGUGUAUAACUCACUAUUAUCAAUCACUUUUGUGUCUUUUAACAUAUAGUUUGGUAUUAUAUCUUAAUGAGUCAUAUAGUAUUGUUCAUUUCCUAUUUCUAUUCCUAUCAUUAUCUUAAUUCAUUUUAUCAUUUUAAUGCAAAUUCAAUAAUGCAGUGCAGAUUAAUGCAAUUUUUUAAAAUUAAGUCUUAUUUAUAAAGUAAACAUUACCAACAAAACCACACAAUGUACAUGAGUGGUUAUGUAUCUUAUAACUUAUGAAUUCAGCAUUUUUUUUAAGAGAUGAGUUUUUUCUUCUUCUCUGGGUAGACAUCAAACCUUUUAUCAACAGAGCUAGAGUAAAAAUUAGGUGGCAUAUGUUGGUGUGCUGUCUUGGAUCUUUCAGGCUGCUUGUAUGGGAAACCAGAGUGCCCUUCACGUCACCUUUCCUCCUGCAGAGUGAACAGGUGGUAAAGAAGAAAAUAGAACAGAUAGUGCAGGUUAUUAUACUCCUCUGUCACACCGCUGUCAAUGCCAAAAAUCAAGUCCCACCAGACAAUGGAGUUAUUCAUUUAACAUGUUGCUAGCUUUUAUUACCAGGCUGUAAUUUGGUAUUAAAUAUUGCAGGGGUAGACCUGACAGUGUCCUGUUCUUUUUUUUUCCUGACAGUCUGUUUUAAUGGAGAUCAGAGAGUGGCUGGAUACCCAUCCCAGAGAAGUAGUCAUCCUCUCCUUCAGCCACUUCCUCGGCCUGAACCAGGAGCUUCACAUGCUGCUGCUAACAACCAUACGCAAAAUAUUCACCUCCAAACUCUGUCCCAAAAUGGUAUGGCUUUUCUAUCAUUGAACAAGCACUGACAGGAUACAGCUGGCAUUACUAUUCUCUACAGUUUUCACAUGAUCAAACAGACAAAAUCAUCAGUGAAAUGGCUCUAUGAUCGAGUUAAAACGUAAAUGUAUUUUAUUUCUCUGUGCAAUAGAGCUUAGUUCCUGCCCAAAAUCUGUCUAAAACCCUCAGUGUGUCUUGCGGUUACACAUGAAUGACAUCUUCAGUCUCUACUAUGAACACUUAAUAGUUUGUUUUGACUGUCCCUCACACACCACCCCCUGCCCCAAAUAUUCACUCGAGCACCAAAUGUGGACUGAUUUGCAGCUAAAAAUAGUCUCUAAACAAAUUCAGGGUUUACUUCUAUUGAGUGAUGUCUACUAAAACUUAAAGAGUCCAGCUCUUUCCAUUUUUGUUGCUCAUUUUCAGAGAUUUGAAUAAUCAAAUAAGCUUAGGCCUAUCAGAGGAGGUAAAGUAGUAGAGUACACACAGCCGUGUGAAAAGACAACUUCUCCAUUCAAAACCAACAGUGAACAACCACAUGAAAAUUUAAGUUUUCUACCUGCAGACAAAAUAUAUAGAAGUAUCUUUUAUAUUGUGUGAAACUGAGCCUGUUUUUCCUUCGAUUCCAGGAGGCGUUGACACUCCGUAACCUGUGGGCUUUGGGCUACACUGUGAUUGUGUCCUAUGAACACAACAUGGCCAGCUCUCAGAGUGACCUGUGGCCACAUAUUCCCUACUGGUGGGCAAAUAAAUGCAAAGCAGAAGCUCUCAUUGAGGAGUUUGAACACAGGAAACAGCAUGGCAGACCAGGUGAGUUGACUGCUAUUGUUAGAGGACUCAUUUGUUUGGUAACUCCAGUGUUGCCAGCAGUUAGCUUCUGGUCAGGCUUUCUUUUCCACAUGCUGCAUUGUUUGUAGUCCAGCUGCCAACUUGAGAAGUGCUCUUAUGUACAGACAAAAAGUGAGCACAAUUCAGCCCUGCAAUUAUGUCUACGAAGUUGACACUGUCAUUUCUUAGUUCAUAAUAGUAGCUCCCCUUCAGCGGUUUCAACAUGUUAACAGCUUUGUGUUAAACUAGUUUUGUUUCAUCCACCAGUUUUUUUUUAUCCACACUGUACAUGGGGGGUACACUUUAUGUUAGUCUGAAGAUAUUGAGGCAACAAAUUUGGGGAAUUACAGGUACAGCUGAGUUGACUGUAGGGUACUGUAGCUGUUUAAGAUGAGGCCAAUGACCCACCUUAACUCCACCUUGUUGCCUUUUGGUGGACCCAAAGAUGUAUUCAUUCACUCAUUAAAAGUUUUAUGUCUGAAAAGGUUUCAGUGAAUCUCACGUCUCUUGUGCAGAAAGGACCACCCUGCCUUUGAAUAGAAAAUACAAUGAUGAGAGUUGUAGGGGUCAACAGUAGGUUGAGUAAACAUUUUGAAUAUGGCGACUGCUGUUGAUGGGAUUCAAAAUUCAGCUUCAGAAACAGAUGGAUGAUGUUCAUCUAUAACACAGUCUAUGUGCAGGUUGUGAGAACAAAAGGAGAGGGAAAGGUUUGAGUUUGUAAGAGCAACAGAAGAGGGGCUGGGGAGGUAGGGUCCUACUGAACUGAAUUCAGCACACUUGCUUUAUUAAGAUCUAUCUCUCUGAAAACAUGUCUCACAGUUCUGCUCAGUUUUGUGAAUCAAGGUUAUAUCAAGCUUUCAUUGUCCAUAAAAUCUGAUUUUUAAAUUUUUUUUAGGUGGCUUCUUUGUUACAGGAAUAAAUCUGACAGAAGACCUGAAAUACAUCUGCACACACCCCACCGAGUCCCUGAAGGACCUGGUGAUGGCCACGUUCCCGACUUUGCUGGGCUGGGUCAAAGAGCAGACUCCUGGCUCCAGAGUUGGCUCUUUGAAUAUUAUAGCUGGGGACUUUAUCACUGAGAGCCACUUUGUACCAACUGUUGUUGCACUGAAUGAGAAACUACUGAAAUGGUCCUCUUGACUUUUCACUGUUUUUGCAUUAUUCCUCAGACAAAAUGUGAACCACAGCAUGAAAAACACAACAGCUUGUUUUUCUUUACAGGAAAAUAUUACUUGAAUUAUUGAUCUUUAUAUAAAUGCACUUGUUGGAGUCUGUUCAUUAUACUCUUUAGUCUUAAAGCUACAGUUCUACCUGAAUACAGUUUUUUUUGGUAUUUUGAUCUGCACUUGUUUGUAUACACACAGUUUACUAUUAAUGCAGUGCACUGCAUCGGUUUCCAUUAGUUUGCAAGAUGACUGGUUUCAUGUUACGUUGACCAAAGCAAUAAUGAUCUAAUUAAUCCCACGUUAAUGUAGGCAUUUAGCUGAGUAAGCACAAAGUAUUUAUUCUAUAAGCACAUAAGAUAAAAAUGUAGGCCUCAAACUUUUAUAAUCAUAAUGUGGGCAGAAUAUAGCGAAACUGUAUCACCUGUAAUACAUUUAUGAUCAAAAGAGAAUGUGGAGGAAGACUUGAAACUUUUGCAAAAUGCAUGAAAGCUUAUUUGCAUGAACCCAACUUUGACUGUUUUACUUGUAAUUCACUUUAGCCAACAGGAUAGGCCUUGAUUUCCAAUAAUGCUGCACCGCUGUGCCUGUGGAGAUGCGCUGUUCCAAUAAACAUGAGAGUUUUUAAGCAAA